AUGGGUUUUGCAGUGACUGGAAACUCGGGCGUUGGAAAAUCCAGUUUCAUCAAUGCUUUCCUUGGAUUAAAACCUAAUGCUCCCGGUGCAGCUGCAGUUGGACUAACUGAAACGACGAUCAAUGUAAAGGCAUUUCCACAUCCCGAGAACAAACACUUUGUAUUGUACGACCUUCCCGGUGUUGGAACACAGCUGUUUCCUCGCGAGUCUUAUCUGCAGAAAGUUGCCUUCAACCAGUACGAUUUCUUCCUGUUAUUAUCGGCCACUCGUUUUACGGAAAACGACGCGUGUCUAGGUCAGCAAGUGAAGGAGCAACAGAAAAAGUUCUUUUUUGUUAGAACUAAAAUCGAUUUCGAUAUGGAAAAUGAAAAGGAGGAAUCUGGGGAGGACUUCAACCUAAAAAGAUGCUUGUUGAAAAUAAGAGAAGAUGCGCAACGCAAUCUCCAAGCAAAGCUGACCAAGCAGACUCCAGUACGCGCUGAGAGGCUCAAGCGCCUCCAGAGAUACAGACUUAUAUUGACGCCAAUCUACAUAGAAAACCGUCCACGGGACGAUGAUACAGCCCUCAUUGCAGAGACAGCUUCACAUGUACAAUGUGUGCUGAUGACAUAUCCAGAUUUCUUUUCGAGGUAG